CCCGGCGCGCAGCUCCCGCUCCUCUUGCCGGAGGGAAGCGGCGAGCCGGCUUUGCCUCCCGCAGCCGGCGGGAUGCUCGCCUGGAUCGAGAGGGUGGUGCCGCAGCCUCCGGAGCCCGCUCCCGCCGCCGAGGACGAGAGCCCGGCACCCGAGAGCCGAGAUGCGGAGCCGGCGAAGCUGCCGAAAGGAAACGCCGGUGGCCCCAGGGCUGCUCCCGACCGCGCGGAGGGGGCGGAGAAGAAGGUGGAAUUUGCGGUUCCCGAGGAGCCGGCAGCGUCGUCCGUGUUGGAGAGCGUGGGAGGCAGCGUGCUUUCCUGGCUGUCCCAGGGGCUGGAGAAGGUGAUGCCCCAGCCAGCCCGGGCCCCUGGGAUGCUGCAGACGCUCGGGAAGAGCUUUGAGACGAGCAUCGAUGCUCCCGAUCAGACUGAAGUCCAGAUGCUCAAGGAUGAGGAAGAGGAGGUGCUAGAGAUAACCCCCUUCGAUCCGGAGGAAGAUGAGUUGGAAGCCUGCGAGGACGAGGCCGGGUCGGACGCUGCCGCAGCGAGCUGGGCGCCCGCCAGGGUCUUCAGCUGGCUGGUGCAGGGCUUCGAGCGCGUGGUGCCGCAGCCGGGGGCUCCCGAGCGGGGUUCCGGCAGCCGUCCCCCUCCGCGUGCCCUUCCGCCGCGGGAGCCGAAAGAGGAGGAGGCCGAAGAGGCGGCGGCGCCAGACACGAAGGGGAGCAAAGCCCGGGGGAAGCCCAAAGGCAGCAACUCCGAGAGCCGGAGCGGCGCCGGAGCGGCGGAGCAGGAGGAGGCCGGCACGCAGCCGAGCCCCGGAGCGCCUCUGCUCCGGCGGCCGCUGCCCGCCGACGGCAGCGGGAUGUUCGGCUGGUUCAUCCAGGAGCUGGAGAAGGUGAUGCCGCAGCCCGCGAGCCCGGCGCCGCGGGACGCUCGGGGAGGAGCAGCAACCUGGACUCCGGUGGAAGAAAUUCAUAUCCCCCCGGGCGACCACGCGGAGGCGGAUCUCGUGGUGGAGGAGACGGAUGCUGGCUGGAGUAGGGAGGCUGCGAGCGUGACGGCGGCGGCCUGGGAACACGAGGCCAAGCCGGUGGCGGGCGCUCGUCGCCUUCCCCCCAUAGAAGAGGAACUUCAGGAAGACGAGUGCAGGGUGGAGGUGCCGUGCUCUCCGGACGGUGCCGAGGAAGAGGAGGAGCAGGCGGAGGACGCGGGGCCCCUGCUCCAGCCUCCCGGCCUUAGCGCUGACGACGCCGGGGUGGAUGAAGGCUUCUUCGUGGAAGACCCCCUUAAUUUUGAAGACCUCGAAAGCACCGAGCUAAGUGAUCUCGAAGGCGCUUUCAUACAGGUGGAAGAGAAGAUAGCGGAGGCCGCCGAAGCCGAGGUUGAAGCAGAAAGCAUCCUGCGGGAAGGCCGCGCUGGCACCGUCGCUAUCAGCGGGAGCCCGCUUCAGACGCCCCGCGCUUUGCUUGAAGCACCUAGGCGCCCUAGCAGCAUGGCCAAGCGCGCCCGGGACGCCGAGCUCCGCCGGCCGGCGCGCGACCCGCCGCUCGGGCGCCGCUCGGGCGCCGUGGAGCGCCCGCCCGGCCUCCCCAGCUACCGAGCCUCCCGCCUCCCCGUCCUCGUCUCCGCAGAGCCGAAGGCUGGCGUUGCCAACUCCAGUUUUUCCAACGAGGAGCGGUCCCCUGUCCACCCCCUAGGGCCCAGCCAAUACCCCACGGUGAGCAUCAAGGACGUGGACAGCCCAGGUGAUGCUCCGGAGAGCGAAGGCGAGCGCUUGCUGGUGACAAGCAGCGGCAACCACACGCUGGCGGUGCCCAGCGCGGUGGUGGCCUCCCCCAGGAGGAAGGUGCAGGCCCCACAAGACAGCCUGGAAGAGAUGCCUCUGGCCUCAACAAGCCAAUCUCCCGUGCAAAUGUGGCCUGGCCAAGACAACAAGGAGAGAGAAGACCUCCCUGAACGCAUUGGUUCAGCUGCAAGCCAGAACAGCGCAGUCAUCAACGACCGGCUCCAGGAGCUGGUGAAGCUCUUUAAAGAGAGGACUGAAAAGGUGAAAGAGAAGCUGACGGACCCUGAUGUCACAUCUGACGAUGAGACCCCUGUGGCAUCUCCUUCCAAGCAAGCCCCUGCGGAAGCACCGCCGCCUCCCUCGGGAAAGGAGCCGGAGGCGGCCAGGGCGGCGGAGGAUGAGCAUUACUGCGAGAUGCUGUGCUGCACGUUCAAGUACCGGCCCUGGCUGGACCGUGUGAAAAACUAUCAGUUCCCAAGCAGCAUAGACCCGCUCACCAACCUGAUGUACGUGCUGUGGCUGUUCUUCGUUGUUCUGGCCUGGAACUGGAACUGCUGGCUGAUUCCCGUCCGCUGGGCCUUUCCCUACCAAACUCCGGGAAACAUCCACUACUGGCUGCUUGCGGACUAUCUCUGCGACCUCAUCUACCUCCUGGACAUCGUCGUCUUUCAGAUCCGUCUCCAGUUUGUCCGAGGGGGAGAUGUAAUAAGUGAUAAAAAGGCCAUGAGAGAGAACUACCUGAAAUCACAACGCUUUAAGAUGGAUGUGCUGUGCCUCCUUCCUCUGGACUUCUUCUACUUCAAAGUUGGGGUCAAUCCGCUCCUACGUUUCCCUCGCUGUCUGAAGUACAUGGCCUUCUUUGAGUUUAAUAACCGCCUCGAGGCUAUCCUGAGCAAGGCAUACAUCUACAGAGUGAUUCGGACCACUGCCUACUUACUCUACAGUUUGCAUGUGAACUCCUGCCUCUAUUAUUGGGCAUCAGCAUAUGAAGGACUGGGCUCCACAACUUGGGUCUAUGAUGGGGAAGGAAACAGUUACAUCCGCUGUUAUUACUGGGCAGUCAAAACCCUCAUCACCAUCGGGGGCUUGCCAGACCCCAGGACGCUCUUUGAGAUCGUCUUCCAGCUGCUGAACUAUUUCACGGGCGUCUUUGCUUUCUCUGUCAUGAUAGGCCAGAUGAGAGAUGUGGUUGGCGCUGCUACGGCAGGGCAAACUUACUAUCGGAGCUGCAUGGACAGUACUAUCAAAUACAUGAACUUCUACAAAAUCCCCCGAGUUGUUCAGAAUCGGGUCAAAACGUGGUACGAGUACACGUGGCAUUCCCAAGGCAUGCUAGAUGAGUCAGAGCUGUUGGUGCAGCUGCCGGACAAGAUGAGGCUGGAUAUUGCGAUCGAUGUGAACUACAAAAUCGUGAGCAAAGUGGCACUUUUCCAGGGCUGCGACAGGCAGAUGAUCUUUGACAUGCUGAAGCGGCUUAGAUCGGUUGUCUACCUACCUAAUGACUACGUGUGCAAGAAGGGAGAAAUCGGCCGUGAGAUGUACAUCAUCCAGGCGGGCCAAGUGCAGGUGCUCGGGGGACCCGAUGGCAAAAGCGUGCUGGUAACUCUGAAAGCCGGAUCCGUGUUUGGAGAAAUAAGCUUGCUGGCGGCAGGAGGGGGGAAUCGCCGAACGGCAAACGUCAUAGCUCACGGCUUCGCUAAUCUUUUCAUUUUGGAUAAGAAGGACUUGAACGAAAUUUUGGUGCAUUAUCCAGAGUCUCAAAAACUGCUGCGUAGAAAAGCUAAGAAAAUGCUGAAAAACAAUAACAAACCCAAAGAUGAGAAAGGAGCACCCGGAGACUCACUGAUCAUUCCCCCAAGACCUGAGACGCCAAAACUCUUCCAGGCCGCCCUGGCUGCCGCAGGGAGGAUGGGAGGCAAAGGGAAGCUCGCUCACCUCCGGUGGAAGCUCAAGGAGCUGAAAGCAAUGCAGGCCAUGCAGGAUUCCAGUUUCAGUCCAAUUCCACCAAAAUCACCAGUACACCGGCGGUCGCCCACGGCCUCCCCCAAAGCAGACACUUCGAAGGGAGAAGAAAUCGUCACAACGUCUUCGGACAAUUUAGUCACUAUGCGUGUGAUUUCAGCGCCACAAGAGGAUGAAGAGAUACUCUCUGCUGAGAUUUCGGAGAUAGAGGAAGCAAAAUGAAAAAUAGCAAAUUCCGGGGCCAACGCCGCGGGUAGAAAUCAGACAAAUAGACAUUUUUCCUCGUUAACAAUUUCCAUGCGGUGGCUAUAGGCUUUGCUAACUACAGAUGUCGAUAGGCUCUGCCUUUCUUGUCUACUUAGACCUUCACCCACUGCUGAUAAAACCCACUACUCCAAGCAAUCGAUUUUUACCACUCUGGGUGGUUAAUGAGUGUCUGCUCUGAUAAAGUAUGAAGAGUUAUUCUCCUCCGAAAUCUGAGUCAUUGCUUAGCCAGAGACAAAUACAAAGGAAAAAAAAAAAAAAAGAACAAAUUCCUCUGUUGGCCUCAAGGUUGUCACGAGCAGUUACUGAGUGAUUCAUCCGGAAAGGAUUUGAGUUAGUCUCACAAGCUGAGCAGAGACCAAAUCGUACUGUAGGGAAAAAAAUCAAAGUCCGCCCCGGCAUGCGCAGGCUGCAAGGCAGGUGAGGAUCCCUUUCUGCUGCGCUCAGGAUGCGGUUCCACGUAGGUGUAGCUGCGUUAGAGGAUGCAAAAAAUGAGCAGAACUGUAAGAGAUGCAAUCCAUGAGGAAGGAGUGGACAAGAGAAAGUCCUCUGGUGCGUGAAGAGUAAUUCAGGUUUACCGCUGGAAAGAAGAGUGACUGCCAGGAACGGACUGCCAGGGCGGUUUUGGGCUCUCCAUCAUUGGCAGCUUCUAAGGACAGAUUUGAUGACCAUCUUUUGGGGUUGACAGAAGUAUAAUCCGUCUUGGACCAGGCGGUGGCCUUUGGACCAGGCGGUGGCCUCUGCAGAGCCAUUCCAGCCUUGGUUUUCCGUGGUUCUGCCAACUCAGAAGAGGAAAACGGAAUUAGGAAGGUGAAAAGCCUUGCUGAUUUCCAGCUGGACCAGGAAAGAAACGCGAGAUGAGUGCUAUCCUCCCCAAGCCAGUAUCCCACAUUCAGCCAGAGCUGGCCACGUGCCAGUGGACGUGCCGUUGAUCCCACGGCACGUUGGUCAUCGCGUGCCUCCCUGCGCGCCCAUGACCCAUCGGCCCUUCGGACGGCCCGUUUCCAAGCCCUUCCCGUCCCUUUGUAGGAUCUCAGCCGCUUUGCCUCCACGGGAGCUGCUCUCGCUUUGAACAGUAUCCGUCGUUGUCCGAGGGCGCUCGUCAACGCCUCGGUUCCCCGCUCGACGGCGAGACGUGCGGGGCCGGGAGAGGACGCUGGGAGGGAAGGCAAGUGCCCGGGGCUAACGCUCUUUCUCCAACGUUAGCAAUCCUUCAGCUUCCUUAACCUCGCCGUUACUCUAAGGCAAGCUGCCGAGCAGAGACGCAACGACCGCAUGCAGGAAUCAGGCUUCCCAGAUGGAUAAAGUCCGGCCCGGCCUCCUGCGCCUCGAAACCUGCCGAAUUCCUCUUCCCGCCAAGCCCCUUCCGAUGCUCGCGCUGGCCUUCCGUGCUCUGCUGUAAUACCCACAUUUUUUUUCCCCUCUCUCUUGGAAAAUACGUGGGUUCCCGUGAAGGAAAAAGCCAAGAUAUACAUUAACGUUAAUUAGUGAUGACUUGGGCUUUUUUAAAUAAAGCUUUAGGAAAUCUGGCUAUGUUACCCAAGGAUUUGAAGCUGCCAGUAUCCUUAAGAUUGCAGAGAAAAGCUUGAACUCUGGUAAGAGCAUCAAAAUCGCUCUAAAUAUUUCUUUUCUUUAAUCAUUUACUAUUUGUUCCCUGACGCCCUUCUCAGUGGAAGGUUUCGGUGAGGAGUAUAAAGUAUUUUUUUCACUAUAUAAACAUUUCAAUUAUCAAAGCGGAAAACAUGUAAAAGUCAAACCGAGAUUCUAAUUUUGCGCUGCAUUUUUAUAUAGCUUAUAAAAAUAGUUUAAAUAACUAGUAUGCUUUAAUGGCUUUCAGGAUCUGGUGUAUUUACAAUAAACUCCACUUAGAUUAC